AAAAACCUUGUGUAGAAGCUGGGUCAGCAAGAACAUCACUCCUUAUACUGGUGUCCAUUUUUUUAUGUGCAGCUUUUGUUAUGUUUUUGGUAUAUAAGAAUUUUCCUCAGCUUAGUGAAGAAGAAAGAGUGAAUAUGAAGGUUCCAAGAGAUAUGGAUGAUGCCAAGGCUCUAGGAAAAGUUCUCUCCAAAUACAAGGACACCUUUUAUGUACAAGUACUGGUUGCUUAUUUUGCUACAUAUAUUUUUUUGCAAACGUUUGCUAUCCCAGGUUCCAUAUUCCUCAGUAUACUCUCCGGAUUUCUUUAUCCCUUUCCACUAGCCUUAUUCCUUGUUUGUUUGUGUUCUGGACUUGGUGCCUCCUUCUGCUACAUGCUCUCAUACUUAGUGGGAAGACCUGUUGUAUACAAGUACCUAACAGAGAAAGCAGUAAAAUGGUCGCAGCAGGUAGAGCGUCAUAGAGAACAUCUCAUUAACUACAUUAUAUUUUUGAGGAUCACACCAUUUCUGCCUAAUUGGUUUAUUAAUAUUACGUCACCUGUGAUAAAUGUGCCACUGAAAGUGUUUUUUAUUGGCACUUUUCUAGGUGUUGCACCUCCCUCUUUUGUAGCAAUUAAGGCAGGAACGACUCUGUAUCAGCUUACAACAGCAGGAGAAGCUGUUUCCUGGAACUCAGUAUUUAUUUUAAUGAUUUUGGCUCUUCUUUCUAUUCUGCCUGCCAUCUUCCAAAAAAAAUUAAAACAGAAAUUUGAGUGAAGAAUCACAGGUUUUCGUUUACCACCACCAUCACCACCAUCAUCAUCUCAGGUUAGCAGGUGUAUUCAUUUUAUGCUUUGAAAUCACUUCAGUGACUGAAGGAAGGACUUUUAAAGUAAAAUAUCCCAUGAGACAGUUAAAAUAAUGCAUUUAUGUGGCAAGGGAGAACAGAAAUUGGUAUACUAUGAGAAGUCCUGUCAUCACACCUGUGGGAAAUACCUUACACAUUACUGUUCGUGAGUAGCUCUGAGACAUCACAGUGGCCUGGUCUGCAGUUGUUGCUCUAAAUAAUUCGUUUAGAGUGUUUUUCUCGUUUAUGUCUGCGUAAUGACUAAAAUAGUGAGCUCAGGCCCAGUGGCACAGCUGUACUCCCAGCUCUUCAGGGGGCUGUGGCCGGAGGACUGCUAGUUUGAGGCCAGCCCUGCAGUAAAGUAGUUACCAACAGUGAGACUAAAUAAAAUAAAAGUUCAGAGCACAAACGAAUACUUGAAGCAAAAGAGUCUUUCAUUUUCUUUCUCUGACUGAAAAAAACAAGCACUUUCCGGAAGCCAAGCACUUUUCAUUGUAGCAAGGAUGAGUUAUUUACGUUUUAGGAAAUUUUAUCAUGGAUUAGUCUGAUAAUUUAAAUUCUGGCCAGUCUGUUUUCAUCUUUUUCUAGGUUUUACAGUAUUUCCAUCAUACCUAUGUAAAAGGAGAAUUAUAUACUUGUAUCAUAUUGGUGUUGAUAAUGUAUAUUCAGAUAAUAAUAUUUUGUUAGUGUCUUUAUUAUCUCAAAAGGAGUUCUAAAAGUAAAUACUGGAAGCAUAUACUUUUUAGACAUUAAUUAUUUUAUAAUGAAACAACUGGCAGUAAGACAUUAGUGGUUAAUAUAGUCUAUUUGUUCCAGUGACUGUAAAGCUUGUCUCAUAGUUCUGUCUGCUCAUUAGAGAACGUAUUGUGAAAUUACCUUCUGUGCAUGAUAUAUCUGUGCAAUUGCAGUGUUGCCUUCCCCUGGCUACCUUUGGGACAGCACUUGAUUAGCACACUUUUUCCCACUGUCUUCCCUCCACACGGUGAUUGGUGUCCCCACCAUUUCGUGGGAGAGACUUCUUGGCUGUUUAUGGAUGACCUUUAUUCCUUGCCAGGACAAAGUGAUAUAAAUCACUCUAAGAUCCAGUUGCUUUGUUCAACAGUUGCUUUACUGGCAUGGGAAGUCAUUGUGUUUUUAUUCUUCAAAGUCUGAUCAUCUCAAAGCCUGUUUCUCCUGCAAAAUGUGGACUAAUCCUUUUCUGUCACAGUAUUAACAUGUGGAUAUAUUACAAAUACAAGGAAAUAAUAUUGAUAAAUAUUGUAGUCUAUCUUGUGUCCUUUUGUGUGAAAUUGUUUUGUCUAGCAAAGUUUUCUUUCUUAUUGACCAGAGGCUGAGUAAUAAAGCCUUUGUUGUGUUUAUAAAUGAAAUAAACACAUAGCUGUUUGGGGCUAAGUUUACAAAUAUUACUGUAUAAAUAUAAUUGAAGCUGGGCAUGGUGACAUGCUUGCAAUCCCAAGAUUUGGGAAGAGGAGGUUCAGGGUUAACGUUGGCUACAUAGUGAGUUUGAGGCCAUAACCUGGGCUAUGUAAAAACCUGACUCAGAAAACAUAUAUAUUCAUUCAUGUGAAUUUCUAUUAGGCCUUUACAAAUAAAUAAAAGCUUGGACAACAGGAACAUCCUGUUGUAAUGGAAAGUCAAGCAGGUAAUGAAGCAAUCUGUACACAGAAAAAGACUAUUUUGGUUUGUGUAUGCUGCCUACCCUAUGCUGAGAGUGUUUUCUCUGUCCUCUAGCAUAUGCCUUCUUUCCCUUUGCUAUAUUUUUUUCAUAUAUUUAACAGGAGCUGCCACUUUGGUGGGAAAUACUUGCUACUCCCAGUAGAAGUAACCAUUGUUUUAACAUUUUACCCUUGACUGGACCAAGCAUGGUGACUCAUACCCAAUGCUUGGAAGGAGGAUAAGGAGCUGGUGGACAGCUUGGGUUGCCUGGGAUCUUGUCUCAGGAAAAAACAACUCGGCAGUAGAUUGUAUCACAAAUAGUGGGUGUCACCUGUGUGCAUGGAGCACAGAUUUGAAACAAUGCCAAGCAAAUCCAUGCUUUAAGCACUCUCUUUUAUCUUUGGUGCCAGAUACUGACUCUAGGGCCUUGCCCAUGCUUCUGCAUGCAUCAUACCGAUUCCCCGUAAUAACCACCAAGAGAAUGUCCUGUUGUAAUGGAAAGUCAAGCAGGCUAAUGAAGCAGGCUGUAUACUGAAAGAGACUGCUUCCUUCUCAGUUUCUGGUUCUUUUGUGGAGCUUUGUUAUUUUGAAUGUAAACUAGCCAGGCGAUGGUAGCUCAUUUGAGAGGCAGAGCCAGGUGCAUCUCUGAAUUCAAGGCCAGCCUGGUCUACAGAGCAAGUUUCAGGACAGCCAGGGCUAUAUAGAAAGCCACCCACCCUCCUCUCCCUGCAAAAAAGAAAGAAAAAAACAAAACAAAAAAAAUCACACAAAAUUGGGAGCUAGAGGGUUGGCUCAGUGGCUAAAGAACCCUGGCUCCUCUUCCAGAAGACUCAGGUUCAAUUCUUAUCACCCACAUGGCAGCUCACAACUAUCUGUAAGUCUAAUGCCAGGGCUCUGACACUCUCACACAGACAUACAUUCAAGCAAAACACCAAUGAACAUAAAAAUAAAAUAAAUUAUAUAUUUCUAAAAGUGGAAAUAACUUCCCUACCAGUGAUAUUUGAAUGAUCCAGUUUCUCUUUUUAGCAAGUGUGUUUGUAAUAGCCAGACAUGGAAGGAACUCAGGUGUCUUUCGAUGGAUGAGUGUUAAAAAUGAAGUCAAAAUUUUAAAAAAGAGCUAGGGGUGGUUGCACAUGUAGAAUCCUACCCUCAAGAGGUAGGGGCAAAAGGAAUAGACAUUUAAGGCCAGCCUGAUCUACAUAAUCAAACCCUAUCUUCAAGCCAAACAAAACAUCCAUUUCCUCUAUCAUUUCAAUCACUAGGUUUGAGAUACAGCUCAGUAGCAAAGUGCUUGCCUAGCAUGUCUGAGGCUUCUGGGUUCAUCCUUUCUAGAAAGCAUACAACCAAAGAGUAGAAACUAAAGAGACUAGCUGAGUUGAUAUUUACCUGUAAAACUAGCUAUGGCUGGAGAAGCACAUUGAGUUUAAUGCUAAUAUUAAGAACCUAUCUCAGAAACAUAAAGGGGCUGGAGAGGUGGUUUUUCUGUUUCUGAGAUAACCGUGGUCUGUCCAAGAACGGAAACUGGGCCAUGAUAAGUAAGGUUGAUCUAUUUCCACAAACUGCUCCUUUGAGAAAAGGAAGAGUAGCUGGGACUGCAGUUGAGUAGUGGUAUACUUGCAUGCACUGUACCACCUUAGGUGCAGUUCAUAAGUCUUGCAAGAGAGAAGAAGAAAGUAAAGGAAUAGAUGAGGUUGAUUUGCAGGAGCAUAGCUGGGUGGGCUACCAGGUUAUGGACUUGGUGACUUCGGAGAGAAGCUGGGCCAGGAACUCUUCUAUUUCUGCAUCUGAAGCAUUCAGUGCCCCAACUUGCCAACAUUUUGCAUGACAAGUGUUGGUGAGAACAUUCUGAAGGUAAAGCCCAAAGAUCUGAGUUGGAAGAGUGGUGCCCAGUUUAUGUCCUCAAAACUUUAGGUUUGUCUGUUUUAAAUAAAGAUUUGAUGAGUGCCUA